AUGGCUCCCGCUGGUUGCUUUCUCGGCAUCUUCUGCGGCACAAGUGCAAGCACAAGCACGGCCAUAACACUUUCUUCGACAUCAGUUUCGACGAUCAUUCCUUCAUCGACCAGCUCACCCAUUUUGUCUUCUUCGAUCUUAACGUCGACGUCAACUGCUGUUGUCUCAUCUACUGCUCCCUUAGCAGCGAUCAGCAUCGUUACGGGAGCCACGUCUGCUGUCAGCGCUGCCACUAGUGCGCUUGGAGGCAUAGCAGGAGCAGCUACUGCUGUCCUAGGCGGUAUUGCAAGCUCAGCCUCGAGCUCGUCGAUCAUCACAACACCCACUCCUACUACUCUGGCUACCUCGACCACGGCUCCUUCGCUCUCUGCUCAGGCUACUGUCUCUUUCACAACCAUCAGUUCAGCUUGGACGGGCAAGGCCACUUCCACAACAACUCAGCUCAAUGGCCUGUCUGCAACUGUCAUUGUCCUCACCCCAGGCGCGGUGCAGACGACUGCUUCGUCUACAUCCGGUUCGGACGGCUACGUCUACAUGACUUCGACUACAGACUUGAGCACCUUCACCGCAGUCCAAACCAAAACCUUCUUCCCAACGAUUGGUACAACGGCCACAGUCCAGAUCAUCUAUCCCACUCCUGUCACCACAUGUGGCAAUACCGGAAUUGCUUAUGCCGGCUAUACGAAUUCGUUCGCCGGUGGCCAAAACACCUACGGCUACCCCAAAUUCAAUCCUACCGUCUACAAAUCUGCCAAACCCACGCAAACUGGCGUAACAAACUACAUUGCUGAAGUCAAUAGUGGAAGUAGCAACGUUGCUUACUAUGGCCAAAAGACCUCCACUCAAAACUGGGUCAUCGAUCAUACCUUCUACGUAUUCGCUCGCCAGGACGGCUACUACAGUUUCAACAUACCAUACACGGAUGAUAUCCAGAUGGUGUGGUAUGGUGAUAAAGCGGUAUCGGGGUGGACCAGAGACAAUGCCGACAUCAUCCAAUUCUGGAGUAGCCAGAUUGCCACGCAGACACCUCAGACAAUUGCUGUCUACCUUACCACUGGAAGUUACCUCCCAUUGAGAAUCCUCUUUGCAAACGGAGGAGGUGCCGGAGAGCUAGAUUUUAACAUCUAUGCUCCGGACGGCUCUACAGUGUUGGCGUCCAACAGGGGAUUGGGUACAGGGAGCUCGUCGAUCGAUAUUGUGCAGUUUCCCUGUGAUAGCACAUUGGGUAGGAAGUUCCCUGCUUGGGGCUCGGAGACUUGA